CAUUAAAGGAAAAAUAAAUAAUUCAUUCCCACACCACUUUUCUUGUACAACUACUACAUAUGGUUUGCCUUCUGAUCUAAACAAAGAUAUCCAAAAAAAUGGUUGCUGUGUUCAACAAAGAGCUCUUGAGUUGGUAUCUCAUCACCUUAAAACUUAGAGAAACAGUUGAAUCUGGAAUCUCAAAAUCUCCUACUGCAACUCAAUCGAUCGACUUUUCAGACCAGCCUCAACAGCAAGUUCAUAAGCAGCAGCAGCAACCAUCAGACACACAACAGGUUUUGAUCAAAGCUAAUGGUGAAGAUCCAGAGUCUGGUUGGGUUAUUUCCAUCAAAGAAAAACUCGAGUUUGCUCGACAAGACGAUGUUGCGAGUUCUUGGGCAAAGCUGAGCAUCUAUAAAGUUCCUCAUUACCUACGAGAAGGUGAUGACAACAAGGCUUAUGUUCCGCAGAUUGUAUCCUUGGGGCCUUACCAUCAUGGCAAGAAACGUUUACGCCAAAUGGAUCGCCAUAAAUGGCGUUCCCUUCAACACGUCCUGAAGCGAACAAACCAGGACAUAAAGCUGUAUCUUGAUUCUAUUGGAGAGCUAGAAGAGAGAGCGCGCGCCUGCUAUGAAGGUCCAAUCACUAUGAGCAGCAAUGAAUUUGUGGAAAUGAUGGUUCUUGAUGGUUGUUUUGUCCUUGAACUCUUCAGAGGUGCUGCUACUGAAGGGUUCAAACAACUUGGUUAUGAUAGAAAUGAUCCUGUCUUUGCGAUGCGCGGCUCAAUGCAUUCCAUUCAGAGAGAUAUGAUCAUGCUUGAGAACCAGAUUCCACUCUUUAUACUCGAUCGGCUAUUAGGACUUCAGUUGGGUUACCCAGACCAGAAAGGCCUUGUUGCAACACUGGCAGUAAGGUUCUUUGAUCCAUUGAUGCCCACCGAUGAGCCUUUACCAAAGAGUGACAGGAAUAAAUUGGAAUCCUCUCUUGGACUUUCUACUGCAUUUGAUCCCUUAUCCGAUCAAGGAGGACUCCAUUGCCUUGACGUUUUUCGACGAAGUCUCUUGCGCACAGGGCCACAGCCAGCACCCAGGAUUUGGAUCAAGCGAUGGUCACACGCUAAUCGUGUUGCAGACAAGCGGCGACUGCAAUUGAUUCAUUGUGUCACAGAGCUUAGAGAGGCUGGAGUCAAGUUCAAGAAGAGGAAGACCGAUCGAUUCUGGGAUAUCAAAUUUAAGAAUGGUGUUCUGAAGAUUCCCAGGCUGUUGAUACACGAUGGUACUAAGUCACUUUUUCUCAAUCUCAUAGCAUUUGAGCAAUGCCAUCUUGAUUGCACCAAUAACAUUUCCUCUUAUGUGAUCUUCAUGGACAACCUGAUUAAUUCACCUGAGGAUGUGGGAUAUCUCCAUUACUGUGGCAUAAUUGAGCAUUGGCUUGGCAGUGAUGAUGAGGUCGCCGAUCUUUUCAAUCGUCUAUGUCAAGAGGUGGUUUUCGAUAUCAACGACAGUUAUUUUUCCAGAUUGUCCGGGGAUGUAAACCGGUAUUACAACCAUAGAUGGAAUGCUUGGCGAGCAUCUUUGAAGCAUAAGUAUUUCAACAAUCCCUGGGCGAUCAUCUCAGUAGUAGCCGGUGUUGUACUGCUGUUACUUACCUUCGCCCAGACCUUCUAUGGAGUCUAUGGCUAUUACAGGCCAAGUUAAACCUGCUUGAGCCGUAAGUCCUUGCUCAUCUUGAGCAACAUUAUAUACCAACCUUCCACAGGCUGCUGAAUGAUCCAGAUGUCCUCCAAAGUAUGGAUUUACUGUGUGUUUGCUAGUAGCUAUAAUAUACAAUUGAUGAUGGUAUUCUUAACAUCUGAGAACAUUUAUGCAAACCCAUCUAAGCAAACCCUAAACAGAUUUGCUUGGCCAAUACCUUACAA